AUGUUGCAACUCGACCCUGACUUCAUCCGUAUGGACGCCGAAGCUGAAAGAGCCAAGGGUUUUGUGAGAUGCAAGUUCAACGAACAGAUCGACUCGAUACCAAUAUACGAUGCCUCCCCUUCAGAACGCCAAAGAGCAGUAGAAGCCGCAACUGCUGCGCGAAAAUCAUGUCGCGAACUAGCUAGCGAGUUCCACGCCGUCCUACCAAGAGAGCUUCGAAACAUGAUAUACGCCUACAUCGUCGGCCCGACAGCUCAGCCUCAAACUACACCGGAAUAUAGCGGAAUGUGGUGGCGUGUCGAGUGCGGCAAGAGCAUACGCAUUGGCUGGUUAGACUCGCAAUGGGGCGAGGGUAUUGAAGCACUCGACAUCUGCGGUGAAAGUCUACACAUGCAACCCAAAUGCUGGGCUAUGGAUCCAGCAUACUUUGGAGCGCACGCAGCCCAAGAGCUUACAGAAACUUACUACAGUAUCAACAGUUUCUACAUCACGUCUGCCCAGGAGAUGAGCAACCUGUUCCGCGCCGAUCCCUUCAAGCUCAGAAUAAAGCCGCAUCAGUUUAUCCGCAAGUUCACGCUGGUACUCAACUUCUCCGGAACUGAAAUGCAAAGCGAGGACGAAGUGGCGACUCUUCACAAAAACCUCCAAGACCUCCAGCUGCUACCUACGAAACGCAAACACGAGAUUUGCAUCCGCCUCGAGACCGCUUUCCAGAUUGGAACUAUCAAACUUGGUGGGUAUCGAUACCGUCACCCCUACGACAUGGAAGAUGAGCGAAUUAUGCUCAAUAUCCUCGAGUCGAUCAGACGGCCCGUGUAUGAUCUCAUACAUAGGGGGGAGUCGGUCAGGGUGUUCCAGGCAAAUUUAGACGACUGGUGUACACCACGCCAAAAGAGAAUUGAAGAUGUAGGAAUCAGGUACUUGACAUCUGCUGAAAGAGUGAAAGGCCAGUGGGGGCCGCCUUGUCGAUUCUUCAGCAUGACGGAAGGGGAGUGGCAAAAGGAGAGAGAAGAGGAUACGGAUGGAGACCCAGCCCGGCAUUACGUUCUCCGUCCGCCUAAUGUUGCAAGCGACAAGGAUGAGCAAGACACAAACGAAAACAGCGAGGAAGACGAGGAGGCAACAGAUGAAGAAAGCGACGAAGAAGAAGAAGAAGAAGGACCAGAAAACGAGAGCGACGACGAGGAAUACUUGUUCAAUCGAGACCAGACUCUAGACAUGGAAACCAAGCUCAAGGUGCGCGAAGCGCUGAAAACCCGAUGGCAGGAAUCAGGCGCUCUUGAUCACUUUUGGCACAGCGGCGACUGUAAAGGCCCUUUCGGACUCCAGAAACAGAAAUCACGAUACAAAUCGAGGGAAAGUAAUGGUGGAGACUUCAUGUAG